CAUAAAGAUCAAAGCACUAUUAUAUCCCUAGCGCACCCAAUUCUCUUAAACCUGUGCAGACAGUGCUUCUUCUUCUCCAACUCUUCACAAACCUCGCUCGCCUCCAUCGUCUUGCCCUAGUCAGUCAGUCCGAGCUGCUAGUUGAUUAAUUCUUGAACAGAGAGGAUCCAAUUGUAACUGUCACGAUGUCGAGGAAGGGAUUAAUGGAACAGGAUCUCAGUAAGCUGGAUGUAACGACUUUACAUCCACUCUCACCUGAAGUGAUAUCGCGUCAGGCGACUAUUAAUAUUGGCACUAUCGGUCAUGUGGCUCAUGGGAAGUCAACAGUCGUAAAAGCAAUUUCUGGCGUUCAGACUGUACGUUUUAAAAAUGAGCUUGAGCGUAACAUUACUAUCAAGCUCGGAUACGCAAAUGCAAAAAUCUACAAAUGUGAAGAUGAGAAGUGCCCACGACCAUCAUGCUACAAGGCAUAUGGAAGUGGAAAAGAAGAUGCUCCCCUAUGUGAUGUUGCUGGGUUUGAGAAUUGCAGGAUGAAGUUGUUGCGACAUGUAUCAUUUGUAGAUUGCCCGGGCCACGAUAUUCUCAUGGCUACUAUGCUGAAUGGGGCUGCAAUUAUGGACGGGGCAUUGCUUCUGAUUGCUGCAAAUGAAAGCUGUCCCCAGCCACAAACGUCUGAGCAUCUUGCUGCUGUGGAAAUUAUGCGUCUUCAGCAUAUCAUUAUCCUUCAAAAUAAGGUUGAUCUUAUUCAGGAGAAUGUGGCCAUCAACCAACAUGAAGCAAUCCGGAAGUUUAUUGAGGGUACUGUAGCUGAUGGUGCACCAGUUGUGCCAAUUUCUGCUCAGUUGAAAUAUAAUAUUGAUGUGGUGUGUGAGUACAUCGUGAAGAAGAUCCCAAUUCCAGAAAGAAACUUUAUCUCUCCUCCAAAUAUGAUUGUUAUUCGUUCUUUCGAUGUUAACAAACCUGGAUUUGAGGUUGAUGAGAUACGAGGCGGUGUAGCUGGUGGAAGUAUUCUCAGGGGUGUUUUGAAAGUGAAUCAGUUUAUUGAGGUUCGUCCUGGUAUUGUUGUGAAAGAUGAGAGUGGAAACAUCAAGUGUACACCUAUAUAUUCGAGAAUAGUCUCGCUGUAUGCUGAGCAGAACGAGUUGCAAUUCGCAGUUCCAGGUGGUCUCAUAGGGGUCGGAACAACUAUGGAUCCCACCUUGACACGUGCAGAUAGAUUAGUGGGGCAAGUUCUUGGUGAAGUAGGCUCACUUCCUGAAGUAUUUGUUGAGCUUGAGGUAAACUUUUUCCUGUUGAGAAGGCUUCUGGGGGUCCGGACAAAGGGUUCUGAAAAGCAGGGGAAGGUCUCCAAGCUUGCCAAGGCUGAGAUACUCAUGUUAAAUAUUGGUUCUAUGUCGACUGGUGCUAGGGUAAUAGCCGUGAGAAAUGAUUUAGCGAAGCUUCAGUUGACUUCUCCUGUGUGCACAAGCAAAGGAGAGAAAAUUGCGCUCAGUAGACGAGUUGAGAAGCACUGGCGUCUGAUCGGUUGGGGCCAGAUCCAAGCUGGAACCACACUUGAAGUCCCACCCUGCCCUAUUUGAGUUGACACCACAAAACUUGUAAGACUGAAAGCAAGAAAAUUUAAAGACAGCUGAAAAGUUAAGAUGUGGGAAGGCAGACAAUUUUUGGGAACCAUUUUUGUCAGAUGGAGGAGAAAACAUUGUUUCAAUCACUAUUAUUUUUGUGGUGCUUCUUUUGUGUUUGAUAUGUUAAUACUUUCUGCUACGUUCUUAUUUAAUGUCCGAGCUUUGAACCUUAGUCAUUCCAAUAUGUGGAUCUGCUACAGUGUUAUGUUAAACUUGUACUCCUCGAAUGUAUCGGGUUCCAGCAUUUCAAGGAUGAUUAUUGGCUAGCCA